AUGCCACCUACUCGAUCUGCCAGAGCACGAGCCCCAGCUCCAGCCUCCCACUAUCAGGCAAUUGUCUCUGGCCCGCCGCGUUCUGUGAGGCCUGAUUGGGAUGACUCUACACGGUAUUCAAUAGACCAAAUGCAAAAGAACUUUGAAAAAUUUGUUGCACACCUCUCCCCCCCCGACCCUUCACACUGGCUGAAACAGGUGAAUCUCAGUUUGAUUGAAGGAUUCCUGCGUUGGUAUCUUGACAUUCAUGAGCAGUGUGAGAAAGCAGAGGGCUUUAAGGUCAGGGUCCGCUUCUGGAGAAUGUAUUAUUGCAAUGAAAUGAAGCAAGAGUUUCCUUAUGAAUUGAAGUUAGAGACCAAAUAUUUGGUCCAUGAACUUGUACAAGAUUAUGCGCUGGAUGAAACAGGCACGCUCCCACCAAAUAUCAAUGGAGAUGAUCUUUUCUACAUGCAAUACCAUCUCCAGGUUAAUUCAACCAUCUGGUUCCCCACUCAGCGCCAGAGAAGUCAACAUGGAACACUACGUAAAAUGAUGACUGCUACUAGUGCACGUGCUGGGACACUAGUUGUGAGCAGUGGAUACUUAAAGAAGCCAGACUCACUUCUCUGGGGAGACAUCCAGAUAUUCAUGGUUGCAAAUCCAGAGUCACCCUCCUGCAGGGUCCUUCUCGUCCAUGCAACACACCGGCUUAACAAAGGCAAAAGGAAUAAGGGCAGACCCCCAAUCUACUCCUACUUUGAACGAAAUGACAAUCUUGCGUUCUGUGUAGUGCAAGAUAUCCUUGAAUAUGGCUUCCAGGACGAUGUCUAUUCAAGCCCUUUCAUUAAAAAACCUAGAGAUAUCUGGCAGCACACCCAGAUUCCGAAGCACAGACUAAGUGUUCCUAUUCAUAUUAAACCAGAAAAAUGGGAUCUUCCAAUCUUCCGGCCUGGAAGACGGGAUGCAGAGGGUCGCUGGACCACACACCCACAGAAUCCCCUCACCUUCAAUCAGUUUGCGGAAGAUGAAGUGCGGGCUUGUAGGUCAGCUGGUCUUAAAGAAAUAGGAGGGUUAAAAAGAUACCGGAAAGGUGCUGCUGCUGUCAUAGCCAAUUUAAAUGAACACAAGCGAAACCACAUCAUGGGUCAUGCCAGGGCUGGCGUCUUCCAGUACUAUGUCAAUCAACGUGUGGACACAGAUAUACAGUCCAUGUUUCUGGAAACACCAACUCAAGAUGCUUUGGUGAAACUCUCCACCAAUUCCAGUCUCACUCGAGACCCAUCAGCGCCUCAGGAACUAUCCAAUAAACAGAAGGCUGAGGUUGAGAACAAUGUAAAACUGGAAGCCCUAAAAAAGAAGCGAUUAAUUGCCAAAGCCGAGCUGAUAGCAGAUUAUGGCAAGAUCUGCAAUGUCAAUAAUCCUGAAAAGAGAGCUGAAUACGAGCAUCUGUGCAAACGCAUUCGAGCCACACGAAAGAAACUGCGACGAGAAGCAUUCAGGGAGGUCCAUGCAAACUUUUUUCAAACCAUUGGUGACAAAAUCAUUGAGCAAAACUAUCAUGGACAGUCUACUGUUUUCGAGCCAGACACAUCUUCCAUUUCUGCCGAACGGAAAGAACUUGCAGCUCUCGAAUUCAAGAAUCAGGAUGCCACCUACAUUUCUGAUCAGGAACUAGUGGAAGACCGCAUUAGGUCCUUGGAGCUCCGCCUCAGACUUCAUUCUCUUACAAUCCCCAAACCACUCGCAGCAAAGGUAGUAGCCUGCAAAUCUGCUGAGAAGUCUCUUGACCCGCAAAGUUUUACUGGUCUUGAAUGCCCUAUCUGUCUUGGAUUUGAGGACUACAACACCAUUUCCCGAACAUACAGGUUCGCAAACUGCUAUGUCUUAAACAGUCAUAUUGAUGAUGUUCAUGGAGGUAUAUCUUUCUCUGCUGGAUGGUGCUGUAACUAUCCACCUGGCUGUGGAGUUCUGCUCCACUCAAUGGCCCAGCUCAAGUGCCAUGCGGUGAAAGCACAUCGUACCCAGCUUCCGGGAGCAAAGAAAUUUGGAGGGCGCCGAUGAUCUUCCCUAAUGCUGUAAACUGCCCCUAGACUGGUUGAUGAGAAAAGAUUCACUAUUCUUGGUUUUUAAUGUGAGUGUACAUGAAAUAGUGUGAGAAUACAUAAUGUUUGUCAUUCAA